UAGCAUAUUCACCUAAUGGACGCACGACUCUCGUGCUUUAUCUAUCGAUGUCGCGCGAUUUGGGUAGGCAAUAGCGCGAUAACGCAGACUUUGGAUCCCCAGGCGGCCCGAUUAUCGCACGAAACCGACUAUAUCUGGCCAUCAAUAAAUUCGUAUGCAGGAGGAGGAAAUCUUUUGAUAACUUUUUCUUUUUGCGCAAGGAGGAAACGCAUAAUCUGUGUAGCUAUGGCUCCGUUCUCGUUCCGUGGUCGUCUUGGGGCUGCAUCGCUUAGCAAGAAACGUUUCAAAUCCAAGGCUAAGCAUGGAAGGAAAGGAGUGAAGGACAUGCAGGAAAGCUUCAAGAGAUUGAAGUCAGAAAUGGAGGAAAUAAGUGAGGAACAAAAGAUCAUUAGGGAAGGGCAAAGACAAGUUAAACAAAAAUUUGAAGCAAUUGAAUCGGAGUGUGAGGUAUUGAAGAGGGAGACUAGACUCAUAAUUCAGCAAAGUGCCAGGACUCAGGUUAAACUGGCUCUCAUGUUCCGCAUACUGAAAGCUAGGGAAUCCGGUGACUUCAAUGCCGCUGCAAGUCUCACUGAAAUGCUCCGUGAAAUAGUGGCGAGAGAGAAGGAGGGAAACUAAGAUGACAGUUGAAUCGCGAGGAUAAGUUUGCUGAUCUGCUCUAUGCUGGUCUAAGUACAAGGAAUAAAACUGUGCGAGACAAUUAGGUGCAUGCAGUCUUUCUGCAUUGCCGUUUGUUAUUAACUAGUAUUGCUUGUUUUUACUAUCUACUUUGUUUCUUGCUUGCAUGGCAUGUUAGUAACUUUCAACUUGUCGAACUCCUUUAGAAUGUGUUCGUAUUUUUCUGUGUCUGAGGUUGAACCUUAUAUAAAGACUUAAAAACGAACCAAGUUCAACUAAACUUCUCAUGGUAGUUAUGCUGAUGAAUUUUACACUCUGAGAGGCUAAUUUGUGCUUCUUUGCUUACUCA